AUGUCGGAGGAACGGAGUUCCAACCUUAAACGUUUCUCUGGCGACGAUGAUGACGCCGGAAAAGCCCUCAAGAAGUGGAAGGCAUGGGCCCUUGCACGGAUGAUCACUGUCAAAGACUUGUCCAAGGAGCAGCGCGGCCCGUGGCUGUUCACGUUGUUGGACGGUCGUGCCUUGGAGGCAUGUGAACACCUCACCCUUGAGGACUUGAACAAGGAUGGUGGAGACAAGACCAUCUGGACUCUGCUCGAGGACCGCUUUCCAGAGAAGGAGGUCCACGAUCAGAUGGGAGAGGCACUCGGAGAAGUUUUCGCUCUGGCCGCUCAGGAUGGCGAAGCGAUGAAGGAGUGGACUGCCCGAGUGCGUGAGACCUUCGAGAAGUGCCAGCGGAAGGCCAAGGUGGACUUCCCUGUGGAAGCAAGGGGCUGGAUAGCCCUACACUGCGCUGGCCUGUCUGAAGAGCAGAAGGCCAUAGUGAAGGCAAAGACCCAAGGCAAGUUGGACCUGGAGACGGUCAGCGCGGGCAUUCGCUCGUGCUUUCCCACGUACCGCGCUGGCGGCUCAAAGUCCAGAAGGGCGACUUCCGUCUUCAUCGCAGAGGAGAACGACAACGCGCCCGAGGACGACGAGACGAACGACUUCCCGGAUGUCGAGGCUUUCCUCGCCGACUUCGGCCAGACGGUCAACGAGGAGGACCCCCUGUCGGAGGGCGACGUUGCCGAAGCGCUCGCGGUCAGCUGGAAGGAGCGCAGGGCCGAGAUAGGCAAGCUGCAGAAGUCUCGAAAGUUUGGGGCUGCCGACCAAGCCCGCCGCAGCUUCAGAAUAGAAGUUGAAGAGCUCAAGCGGCGCACACGUUGUCGCCGCUGCGGCAAGCUAGGCCAUUGGCAGAAGGAGUGUCGAAGCAAGCUUCCUCCCUCCAGCAAGGGCUCUGGAAAGAGCUCUGGCAAAGGAGCCGGUUCAGACAGCUCCAGUUUGCUGGACAACCGUGCGGCGGAGACACUGCUGGCCCAGCCCGAGAACGUCGAGGAGGAGAUCUACUUCGUGGGAGCUGCCGAGGAGGCCCUCGCCGCAUCCUUGAUUUCCUCUCCGGGCUAUGGCGUGGUCGACUCCGGUUGCGGCAAGACCUUGAUCGGUGAGGAGACGUUGCGCGACAUGGAGACUCUGCUGGGCGGCCGCCAGGUGACCAAGACCUUCCAGCGGAACUCCUUUCGUUUUGGCAAUGGCGAGGCCGAGGACUCCACGACCUCCGCCUGCAUCCCAGUGGCCAUCAAUGGCAAGAUUGGUCGUAUCAACGCUGCGAUCAUUCGCGGGAAGGCCCCGCUCUUGCUUGGACGCCCGACACUGGAGAAGCUGUGCAUGACCGUGGACUUUGCCAAGGGUGAGGCCCAGAUCCUAGACCAGGACUCCAGAGUGCCGUUGGAGCGGAACAGCGCCGGCCAGCUCCUCCUCAGGCUUGUGGACUUCCCCGUGUCACAGGCUAGGACGGGAGCAGCGCCUGCCAUUGCAGAAUCCUUUGCCGUGCAGCAGGAGGAAGAUCUGAUCGAUCUCCAGCCAUAUGAGUGCCUUGCUGGGUCAGCACCCAGCACCGGAAGCGAUCAAACGGGCUUCCCAGUUCCGAUGCACCACGUGCGAAGCGACCAAGCGUCCAAGCGCGUUCCUCAGGAGCUCAUUCUUGAUCCGUCGCAGCCCAACCUUGCUGAAGCCUUGUGUUCUGCCUGUGAAAGCGAGGGAACCAGAGUAAGACACACUGCAGCCGAUGCUCACUGGCAAGCAGGCAAGGUUGAGCGUCACGGUGGUCUUUUCGCCCGAGUUUUCGAAAAAGUUUUGCACGACAACCAGCCAACAGACGAGUCUGCGUGGCGAGAGUGUGUGACACAAGCGCUUUCUGCUAAGAACACAAUGUUCAAUGUUGCCGGGGUAAGCCCAUGUCAGUUUGUGUUCGGAAAGUUCCCAAAGAAGCAGCUUGUGGAUCUGUCCUCUUCAGAUCAGCCACCCUCUGUGGAAGAGGCUCUGCCACCGCUCCCGGCAGAGGAUCUCAUGGAGAUGCUUGAAGAAGUCAUGCCCAAGGUUCUAGGUACGGACUCUGGGGGCUCCAGGCAGGUUUCCGUCGAGUUGGGUAGUCCAAGAGAGCCUGCCGCAAAGCGACCUGCCAGUCCUAGCCCGGAUGAGCUUCGGGCCUCUGAGUCCCAUACAGGGCCAAGCCCUCACAACACUGAAGCCAGCGAAGUCCUGUUCUGUCAGGACACCAUGGACGCUCUGCGACAAGAGUGUCCAGCAGCCACAGAGUUUGAAGUUCUCCUGGCAGGGUUUCUCCAAAAACGCCUCCAGAAAGAGAUACGAAGUACUGGCAACGAGCCUCUCCUGCAAGCCAAGGUAGACACAGCCAAGGGCGAGGAAUGGGAGACCAUGCUUUCCAAAGCCGCGACCCGUGUCCACAAAGGUGCGGAGGCGCAGCGCAUCCGGGACAAGUACCCGGACCGUUUUGUUGGAAGCCGCUUCGUAGUCACCAACAAGGUGGAUGAAGACGGUGAGUUUUGCGGAGUGCAAUACGUUCAAGACCCUGAGACCUUCGAGAUCUCCUAUCAUCAGAAAGAGUAUGCGUCCUUCCUUCGACCUGUUAACCUCUCCAAGUCCCGGGCUAGCCAGAAGGAUGCCCUUGCCUCCCCCAAGGAGGUUGCAGCCCUCCGUGGUCUCAACGGGGCAGCAAACUGGCUUGCAAAUCAGACCAGGCCGGACAUCGCUGUUCAAGUGUCCAUGUCUCAGCAGGAUGUUGAGAUCCAUGUCCGGUCUGUGCCUCUGGAACGUUUGUGCAUUUGUAUGCAUAGUGAUGCAGCUUGGGGCAACGCAAAAGGUGAGCGCACACAAGCAGGCUACGUGCUUGCCUUUGCCGAAAGAGGCGGCGAAGCCCAAGCCUUUUCGUGCGCAGCUGCUCAAGCAGAGUGGAUGUCGCUGCUUCUCGCGGAAGCGUUGCACGGCUCUUUCGACCUGCGCAGCUGCGAGCCUCUCCUGCGGAAAACGCCAAUUGUAGGCAUCACAGACUGCAAGAGUCUGUACGAUCACGUGACCAGCUUGUCGUCUCUGUCCGGUGUUCAGGAUAAGCGGGUCUGUGUAGACAUUGCAAUCAUUAAGCAAUCCACCGAGCGGGCUGGCCUUAAGAUCAGAUGGGUGCCGUCUGAGUUGAUGGUCUGUGACGCACUCACCAAAGACAAGUCUGAUCCAGCCGAUCUUCUUAGGGCGAUCUUAUCUCUAGGUAGAUACCAGUUGGCCCCAGAAGCAGAAGUCCUCAAGGCCAAGAAGGCUCAUCGCGAGCUUUUGCAGGCGCAGAAGGGUGUCAAGCGCGUGUGUGUGUGUAGCCUUCGCAGCUUUGCAACCAUGGCUAGCUCCAAGAUCCGUCGCAGUGGCCCGUCCAGCGAGGACAUGCCUCGCAUCGGGGAGAUCCGUGUUUGGUUGCAGCGCCUCAGCGUGCAAGGCAAGAUCAAGGUGAUGGACCAGGCUCUGGCCGAAGAGCUCAAGAGCACCGUGGAGAGUGGAAACCAUCUCGAUUGCUUUGAGAUGGUGGACCAUGCUCUGAUGGUGGCAUCAUCGUCUGCAGCGCCGAUGGCAAGUCCAGCGGCGGCAACUCCCAACACAGGCGCCGAGGAUGCCUCAGCACAGAUUCCACUUCCACCAGGCAUCUCCAGUGUGUUCGACUGGGGACGCACGGUCUGUGACCUGCCGAAGGUGAAGAGCAGGGGCAUGAGCUAUCGCGAAAUGGCUAUCUCAGACAUCAAGGAGGUCUCGGAAUACCUGACCUGGAUCCUCCAGCAGUCCCCAAAGAAGAGCCCCAAGAUCAAUGACCUAGCCAACUACCUAAAGAAGACCAAGUGGGGCCACACCGGCGACACCUUGAAGAUUCCCGGCUCGAACGAGCCCCGCAUCUUGAAGGACUGA